UUGAAAUGUUCUAAACUAAUAAACUUGUAUUUUUUACUGCAGUACAAGUACCUUUUCAGUUCACUACAACUCCCAACAGCCACCGCGCGGCCGGAAGAUGUUCAGCAUCCAUCACAGAAGAAGAAGAGGAAGCUCCGCUGCAGUUGAAGAUGAUGAAGAGUAAACCUGACGAGGAAGACUAUUGGAACAGCUCCAAGUUUAAAGCCUUUACCUUCGAUGAUGAAGACGACGAGUUCAGCAGGUUAAAAGAGUCGAAGCAGGCGGUGAACAGUAUCCGAGGUCUGGUGGAGGAAGACGAUGAUGAAGACGACGUGGAGAAAGUCAGCUGGAGUGGAGAGCCUGUCGGAAGUAUCUCCUGGUCGGUCAGAGAGACGGCAGCGUCCAAUCACAGGACAGACAGAGAGCCCGCCUUCCCCAAAAUCAACACUGAGACUCCGCCCCUCAGCAGGAGUCACUCAGGAUACUCCCUGAGCUCCCUGUUCAAAGGAAAAACCAAAGGAGGAAACUUCCAGUCCAUCACUGACACGCUCAGUGACUCGUCUGUCAGACUCUACGCCCCUGAACUCCGAAAACCUAAAUCUGAAUACAAGGACUAUGUCAGUGAUUGGUCCCCAGAGGAGACGGUUCACAGAAUGAAGCAAGGAAAGAGCGUGUCUCUGGAGAAGUUCCGCUCUCUGCAGGACAAACUGUUGCUGUUGGAUUUCUCCGUCGCUGCUCACGAUGGAAACGUCAUCACUGCUGUUCUGAUCUAUUUGAAGAGGACUCUGAGUAAAGAGGUUCUGUUUCGGGAGCUGGAGUCCAGACAAACGGCUCUGAGACAUUUCAUCCACUAUCUGACUGAAACCAGAGACCAGAAGCUGCUGCUGGAGCUUCUCAGAGCUCUGGGCAGGACCGAGGACAUGGUGUUGCUGCAGUAUAAAGAACACCUGAGCAUCGCAGAUGAAAACAAGAGGCGGGACUUCCUGAAGAGCUGCCUCAGUCUUCCCUUCCCUGCAGACGACUCGGCUCAUGUUCAGGAUCACUACACUCUGUUGGAGAGACAGAUCAUCAUCGAGGCAACCGACGGCCAGGCGGAGCGCGGAGGGAAGGUCGAGAUGUUUCACAAGUUUCCCAGAAGAGCGUCGAUCGUCAACAUGCCACUGAUCACGACUCUGUACUACUGCUGCUUCUACCACUACGAGGAGCCAGAGGGAAGCUUCAGCAGUCCACUGAAUAUCCGUCACACCUUCAGGAUUUCAGAGAAGCAGUUCUUUGUGACAGCGUUGGCGGCAAGGGCAAAGCUGAAGGCGUGGUCAGACGUCGACGCCCUGUUCACCUGCAGAAACUGGCUCGGAUUCACCAGGAAGAGGUCGCCCGUGACCUUCAGCAGGGUCGUCGACAUCCUGCAGAAGAACUCCGCUCCCACACAGGUGCUGCAGGAUUACGUGGCGCUGGUUGAUGAUGUCACCCUGAGGAUUUCUCUGGCACAGAAGCUUAAAUGUCACGACAUCAUCAUCAAUACGUACCGGGACCUGAAGGACCGACAGCUGUUACUAGGAUACCGGGGAAAGGUGGAGAUAGGAUCAGCAGAGGAGAGGAAGAUCAUUGAGCUGCUUGACAACCAGGUGAGGUCUUCAUCAUCUUCUUCAUCUUCUUCAUCAUGUGACUUUCUUUUUCUGUUGCAGCAAAUCCGGUGGAAGAACUGAUCUGUGAAGUCGCCAUGACAACAGGAACGUCCAGUCACCAACACAUUCCCUCUAGAAAACUUUAUUUAAACAAUAAACCAAUAAAAAUAUUUAAAACUGGA